AUGCAUCUAACAACACCCUUCACGGCCGUACUCGGCCUCCUCAUCGCAGCCGGCGCAGCUUCCCCCAUCCAAAAAGACAAAGUCUCCAUCCCGGCGGACGUAUCCGAUGACCAUUCUUCGGCGAUGACCGUUCCAAUCAAGCUAACAAACUCCACCACAGGACCGCUGAUUAUCGCUGUCACGUGGAACUCAUGCAUCAAGGACUGCAUGGCGCCGAAAUUGUCAAAAUACCAAGGCAGAGUCGAAGAUCGCGAGUGGCAGUGA